CACAAAUUCUGUUUUUCCCAGAUAUAAGCGGUGUGCUGAUCCAGUCUGAAAGAGAGAGAAAUCAGCCUCUUUGAAAUUCAGUUCCCAUCACAGCUCUGUAACUAUGACUUCACUUGGAGGCCUCACAGGUUUUUGGGUCAUUGCAAUGCUGACUCUUUAUGGAGAAGCCCAAGGACACUCUCUCAAUGAGCCUGAUGUCCCUUUUCCGCCCGCAUGUCCUACGGCUCAAAACCUUGCUGCCAUUUGCCAUCAGGGUCAGGGUCGACCCAGGUACCCGGCCAGCUUCUUCCCGGUCUCUGGUGCAAGUCACUUUCGCCGUUGUGGAAAUGCCAUCAACCGCCUGGAGUCGUGGUACAGUUUGUGUUGCAGUGGACAUGCAGCACAGCAGAGUCAGCUCCUCUGCUGCGCCCAACAAGCUUGGAAACAAGCUUUGUCUAAGUUCUGUGCUGAGGAAUAUUCCACCAUGACUGUCCCAUAUGAGUGCUGUGAGGACAGAGGGGAUGCACGGUGGAAAUGCUUCGACAGCGAGCUGCCUAAUCCAAACUACAGCUCAACACCAGGCUACACUGCACCCCAGCUGCCAGCGGAGCCAGGAUUCACCUUUGAUAGUAAUGCUUGUUAGAGACAUGUCAAGCGAGCACCAGCAGGAAGACAAGAGAAGACGAAGAAUACUGUUCAUCUAUGUAAUAAAACAAGUCUCCACUAGGCGUCAGUGUUGGUUACGAUAGUGUGUGACACAUGUCAGUGAACUGUUCAUGAAUGGCAGUCACAAAUAAACACUUUGAUCACUUCAA